UCGGCUGCUGUCUCGGAGGCAUCAGCCUGCGGGGAGCUGGGGGCUCCGACUGUGGCUCUGGGCCCCCCUGCUGCAUGACUCAGGCACUGGGUACCGGAGGCUGCUGCUCCCAGUAAGUAACUGAAUGGGGACAUGAAGAGCUGAUGUCUCAGAUGACAACCAUGUUGCAAAAGUCCGACAGCAAUGCCAGCUUCCUGCGCGCGGCGAGAGCCGGCAACCUGGACAAGGUCGUGGAGUACCUGAAGGGCGGCGUCGACAUCAACACCUGCAACCAGAAUGGACUCAACGCUCUCCACCUGGCUGCCAAGGAAGGACAUGUGGGGCUGGUGCAGGAGCUGCUGGGCAGAGGGUCGGCCGUGGACUCUGCCACCAAGAAGGGGAACACGGCCCUCCACAUCGCGUCCCUGGCGGGCCAGGCAGAGGUCGUCAAAGUGCUCGUCAAAGAAGGAGCCGAUAUCAACGCUCAGUCUCAGAAUGGCUUCACUCCUCUGUACAUGGCGGCCCAAGAGAACCACAUCGACGUUGUGAAAUAUCUGCUGGAAAACGGAGCUAAUCAGAGCACUGCGACCGAGGAUGGCUUCACGCCGCUGGCGGUGGCGCUCCAGCAAGGGCACAACCAGGCGGUGGCCGUCCUGCUGGAGAAUGACACGAAGGGCAAAGUGCGGCUGCCCGCCCUGCACAUCGCCGCCCGGAAGGACGACACCAAGUCGGCGGCCCUGCUGCUGCAGAACGACCACAACGCGGACGUGCAGUCCAAGAUGAUGGUGAACAGGACGACCGAGAGUGGCUUCACCCCCCUGCACAUCGCCGCCCACUACGGGAACGUCAACGUGGCCACCCUCCUCCUCAACCGGGGCGCCGCCGUGGACUUCACGGCCAGGAACGGGAUCACCCCUCUGCACGUGGCCUCCAAGCGGGGAAACACGAACAUGGUGAGGCUGCUCCUGGACCGCGGCGGGCAGAUCGACGCCAAGACCAGGGACGGGCUGACACCUCUGCACUGUGCAGCCCGCAGCGGACACGACCAGGCGGUGGAGCUGCUGCUGGAGCGGGGUGCCCCCUUGCUGGCCAGGACCAAGAACGGGCUGUCCCCGCUCCACAUGGCCGCGCAGGGGGACCACGUGGACUGCGUCAGACACCUGCUGCAGCACAAGGCGCCCGUGGACGACGUCACCCUGGACUACCUGACGGCCCUGCACGUGGCCGCCCACUGCGGCCACUACCGGGUCACCAAGCUCCUUCUGGACAAGAGAGCCAACCCGAACGCCCGAGCCCUGAAUGGUUUCACCCCGCUGCACAUUGCCUGCAAGAAAAACCGUGUCAAAGUCAUGGAGCUGCUGGUGAAAUACGGGGCUUCCAUCCAGGCUGUCACAGAGUCUGGCCUCACGCCUAUACACGUGGCUGCCUUCAUGGGCCACUUGAACAUUGUGCUCCUGCUGCUGCAGAACGGCGCCUGUCCAGAUGCCACUAACAUUCGCGGGGAGACGGCGCUGCACAUGGCGGCCCGGGCGGGCCAGGUGGAGGUGGUGCGCUGUCUGCUGCGGAAUGGCGCCCUGGUCGACGCCCGAGCCAGGGAAGAACAGACCCCUCUGCACAUCGCCUCCCGUCUCGGCAAGACGGAAAUCGUGCAGCUGCUGCUGCAGCACAUGGCCCACCCGGACGCGGCCACCACGAACGGCUACACCCCGCUGCACAUCUCCGCCAGGGAGGGCCAGGUGGACGUGGCCUCGGUCCUCCUGGAGGCGGGCGCCGCCCACUCCUUGGCCACCAAGAAAGGCUUCACCCCACUGCACGUGGCCGCCAAGUACGGGAGCCUGGACGUGGCCAAGCUGCUGCUGCACCGGCGGGUGGCGGCCGACUCUGCAGGGAAGAACGGCCUGACCCCACUGCACGUGGCCUCCCACUACGACAACCAGGAGGUGGCCCUGCUGCUGCUGGAGAAGGGUGCGUCCCCCCACGCCACCGCCAAGAACGGCUACACCGCGCUGCACAUCGCGGCCAAGAAGAACCAGAUGCAGAUCGCCUCCACGCUGCUGCGCUACGGGGCCGGGACGAACGUGGUGACCAAGCAGGGCGUGACCCCGCUGCACCUGGCCUCCCAGGAGGGGCACGUGGACAUGGUCGCCUUGCUCCUGGACAAGGGCGCCAACGUCCACACGGCCACCAAGAGCGGACUCACAGCCUUACACCUCGCGGCCCAGGAGGACAGGGUGACUGUUGCCGACAUUCUCACCAAGCACGGUGCUGACCAGGACGCCCACACAAAGCUCGGGUACACUCCUUUAAUCGUGGCCUGUCACUAUGGGAACGUGAAAAUGGUCAACUUCCUUCUAAAGCAUGGAGCCAAUGUCAACGCCAAAACCAAGAGCGGCUACACGCCCCUGCACCAGGCCGCACAGCAGGGACACACGCAUGUCAUCAAUGUGCUGCUGCAGCAGGGCGCCCGGCCCGACGCCACCACCACGAAUGGCAACACUGCCCUGGCCAUCGCCAAGCGGCUGGGCUACAUCUCGGUGGUCGACACGCUGAAGGUCGUGACGGAGGUCACCACCACCACCACGACUAUCACUGAAAAACACAAGCUGAAUGUUCCAGAGACGAUGACGGAGGUGCUGGACGUGUCUGACGAAGAAGCUUUGAAACAGUCUGGUGGCCACGCCGCGGACGGGGAAGCUCUUACUGACUCAGGCGACGACACCAUGACGGGGGACGGCGGGGAGUACUUGCGGCCGGAGGACCUGAAGGAGCUGGGCGACGACUCCCUGCCCAGCAGCCAGUUCCUGGACGGGAUGAGCUACCUGCGCUACAGCCUGGAGGGCGGCCGCUCCGACAGCACGGUGCCCAGCCUCCGGUCCUUCAGUUCCGACAGGUCUCACACCCUGAGCCAUGCCUCCUACCCGAGGGACAGCGCCAUGAUCGACGACGCCGUGGUGAUCCCCAGCCACCAGGUGGCAGCUCUCGCCAAGGGGGCGGAGAGGAGCUCGUCCCGCCUCAGCUGGGGCGCCGAGAACCUGGACAAUGUGGCCCUGUCUUCCAGCCCCAUCCACUCCGGCCACGCCUCUCCAUGUCUCGACCGCGACAGCAGCAGCUUCCUGGUCAGCUUCAUGGUGGACGCCCGCGGGGGCGCCAUGCGGGGCUGCAGACACCGCGGACUCCGCAUCAUCAUCCCGCCCAGGAAGUGCUCCGCCCCCACCAGGGUCACCUGCCGCCUGGUGAAGCGCCACCGCCUGGCGACCAUGCCCCCGAUGGUGGAAGGAGAAGGCCUGGCCAGCCGCCUGAUCGAAGUCGGCCCCUCUGGCGCUCAGUUCCUUGGUAAGCUCCACCUGCCAGCGGCUCCCCCCCCACUUAAUGAGGGAGAAAGUUUGGUCAGCCGCAUCCUUCAGCUGGGGCCUCCUGGAACCAAAUUCCUUGGGCCCGUGAUCGUGGAGAUCCCCCACUUCGCCGCCCUUCGAGGGAAGGAGAGGGAGCUGGUGGUCCUGCGCAGCGAGAACGGCGACAGCUGGAAGGAGCACUGCUGUGAGCACACGGAGGACGAGCUCAAUGAGAUCCUCAACGGCAUGGACGAGGUGCUGGACAGCGCCGAGGACCUGGACCGCAAGCGCAUCUGCCGCAUCGUCACGCGUGACUUCCCGCAGUACUUCGCCGUGGUGUCGCGCGUCAAGCAGGACAGCCACCUGAUCGGGCCCGAGGGCGGCGUGCUGAGCAGCACCGUGGUGCCCCAGGUGCAGGCGGUGUUCCCCGAGGGCGCGCUCACCAAGCGGAUCCGCGUGGGCCUGCAGGCGCAGCCUAUGCAUGCUGAGCUGGUUAAGAAGAUUCUUGGGAACAAAGCUACCUUCAGCCCGAUAGUCACUUUGGAACCUAGAAGAAGGAAAUUCCACAAGCCGAUCACCAUGACCAUCCCUGUGCCCAAGGCUGCCAGCGACGUCACCUUGAAUGGUUUUGGGGGCGAGGCGCCAACCUUGAGACUGCUGUGCAGCAUCACGGGUGGGACCACGCCCGCUCAGUGGGAGGACAUCACGGGGACCACGCCACUCACGUUCGUCAACGAAUGCGUUUCCUUCACCACCAACGUGUCUGCCAGGUUCUGGCUGAUAGACUGUCGGCAGACCCAGGAGUCUGUCCCCUUCGCCUCGCAAGUGUACAGAGAGAUCAUCUGCGUGCCGUACAUGGCCAAGUUCGUGGUGUUCGCCAAGUCCCACGACCCCAUCGAAGCCAGGCUGAGGUGCUUCUGCAUGACCGACGACAAGGUGGACAAGACCCUGGAGCAGCAGGAGAACUUUGCCGAGGUGGCCCGGAGCAGGGACGUGGAGGUGCUGGAAGGAAAGCCCAUCUACGUCGACUGUUUCGGCAACCUGGUGCCGCUAACCAAGAGUGGCCAGCAUCACAUAUUCAGCUUUUUUGCCUUUAAAGAAAACAGACUUCCUCUCUUUGUCAAGGUGCGAGACUCCACUCAGGAACCGUGCGGACGCCUGUCGUUCAUGAAGGAGCCGAAAUCCACGCGCGGCCUGGUGCACCAAGCCAUCUGCAACUUAAACAUCACCCUGCCCGUCUACGUGAAGGAGUCAGAGUCGGACCAGGAGCAGGAGGAAGAGAUCGAUAUGACAUCAGAAAAAAAUCAGCAGGAUGAGCAGGAGCAGAUGGAGGAGCGGCUGGCAUGCAUCGCUGACCACCUGGGCUUCAGCUGGACAGAGUUAGCGAGAGAGCUAGACUUCACGGAGGAGCAGAUUCACCAGAUCCGGGUGGAGAACCCCAACUCCCUGCAGGACCAGAGCCACGCGCUGCUGAAGUACUGGCUGGAGCGGGACGGGAAGCUCGCCACAGACAUCAGUCUCAUCGAGUGUCUCACCAAGAUCAACCGGAUGGAUAUUGUUCAUCUCAUGGAGACCAGCACGGAGCUCCUCCCGGAGCACCCCAGUCACAGCUACGCCGAGAUGGAGCAGACCAUCGCGCUGGACCACAGCGAAGGGUUCUCGGCGCUUCCGGGCGAGCUGCCCCCUCGGCACCCGGGCGUCCAGGAGCAGGCGGCGUCCAGAGGCGGCGAGUCCUGCAGCCACCCUCCCGUCGUCUCCGACGAGGACCUGUCUGUUGGCUACUCCGCCCUCCAGGACUGCGUCCCCCGCACGGACGGGGCCGGGCUGCCCGCCGAGCUCGUGCCCCAGACGCACCCGGAGCAGCAGGAGAGCCUUGUGAAGACCCCGAGGACGGAAGGGCCGGACGCUGGCGAGGCCUGGGCAGCACCUGGCUGUCCCAGCAGGACCCCCGAGGAGGGCAGGCUGUACCUGCAGGCCCGCACCCCCCCGGAGCCGGCAGACACGCCCCUGGUGCAGGAGCCGGAGCCCCUGGAACUCAGGGACGGGGGUUCCCCGCGGAAAAACAGCCUCGUGAUUGUGGAGUCCGCCGAUGAAGACGCCGCUUUCCAGAAGGAGCUCGCGGCCGAGCUGGGGGAGCUGGAGGUCAGCUCCGACGAGGAGGCGACCGUCACCACCAGGGUUGUCCGCCGGCGGGUGAUCAUUCAGGGAGACGACAUGCCUGACAUGCCCCCGGAAACUGUCACGGAAGAGAAGUACGUGGACGAGCACGGGCACACCGUGGUGAAGAAGGUCACCAGGAAAGUCAUCAAGCGGUUCGUGUCCUCCGACGGCACCGAGAGGGAGGAGAUCACCGUGCAGGGACAGCCCCAGGAACCUGUCCGCAUCGAGGACGGCGACGGUUACUCCAAAGUCAUAAAGCGCGUGGUGCUGAAGAGCGACACUGAGCAGUCAGAGGUGACCGUGUCUGAGCCCGGCGCCCCGAGCGAGGCCUCCCAGUUCCAGGCGGAGCCCGUGGAAGGCCGUCGAGUCAGCAAAGUUGUCAAGACCACGGUGGUGCGUGGAGAGAGGUUGGAGAAGCAUCUGGGGGACCCCCGUCUCGCCUCUGAUCUUCCCUCGGCCAAAGAAGACUUUGAACAGGCUCUGAGUUACACAGGUAGCCACGCGCAAGUCCACGUUCCCAGCUUAGUGGAGAGCGAGAUCCUGAAAGAGGACGGAUCAGUAAUUAAAAGGACGACGCUCAGUAAGGCCAGCACCCAGAAGAGGGCCGCGGUGAAGGACCAGCGGGGGAGGCGUGUGCACCUGGAGCACUUGGAGGACGUGCCCGAGGCCCUGCAGCAGGACGACCUCCAGCGCGACCUCCGGCGGCUCCUGCGGCAUUUCUGCGGCGACGACGCGGAGCGGGAGGCCCAGUGAGGCACCGCCGCUCGGCCAGAGGCCGCAGGGCACUCAGCUCCCAGUCUGCGGAGCGACCUGCCUGGCCCUCGCGCAUCGGGUUACUUUGUCCCCGCCCCCUGCCACCGCAAGCUAAUUUGUGACCAAAGAGAGCGCCCUUCGCCCUGGGCGCCGUGUCCUGACCCCUGGCAUCCGGGCUGCCCUGGGAACCGGCCGCCCGGCGUCCUUCGCUUCUGCACGGCUUCACGGAAGCCGUCGAUCCGGGGCUGUCUGCAGACCUGCCGUGCCCACCCCCUCGAGGGGCGUCUGGGCACAGCGGGCACAGAAAGUGCUUGGAUGGACGCGUGCAACCCGCUGCCUGUCGUAACCACCUGGGCCCGGGACCCAAGGCCCCUGGAGACGGCUGACGCGGUCAGUUAGGAUGCUGCUCCCACAAUCCGAGGACAACACGGUUCUGCCGCCGAAGACGCCCUCAGACCUACCGGCCCGAGAACUCCACGCAGCUGCUGCCCUGGCCGAGGUCCGUGCUGCGCUGCCCGGAGCCGGGAGGCGCCCAGGGGCUAGCCGCCGCGUCCCGUCGCCUUCCGGCGUCGCCAGGCCUUCUGGAGUCCGGACGGGUUGGCAGGGCGUCUGCAAAGCUGCGACCUGGCGUUUCCCGGUCUCGCGGCUGCUUCCGCAAACCACGCUGUCUUACCGGCGGCCCUUCCUCGGCCGCUGCCGGCUCAGCCGUUGGACACGGCCCGCCCACGACACGCGGCUGAGCUCCGCGCCGGGUGGAGCGGUCCCUCCUCCCGUCCACGUCUCCGCUCACACCUGCAUGUAGCAUUUAUGAACCCGAACCACAGCCGGGACCCUCUCUCCUCGCGUUGACGGUUGUCGUUCCUUCGACGCAGACCGAGCACUCACCUUCCGGCGAGGUCUGCGUGUCAGCGUGCAGGCGAGGUGGAGAAAUCCUGACAAAUUGGGUUUUUGUUAAAAAGCUCAGUUUAUUUAUUUGAAACCCGAACCCCCUCGAACACCACAAAGCGCAUUCGCGCACCUCGCUGUCUCCGGAAGGGACCCCGGUCCUCUGAGCGGCGCCCGUGUCCCGCCCGUGUCUCUCCGUGGGGACGCCGUGUGGCUUUGUAAUCACAUGUAUUCACAAGUAUGUUCGUAUAAACAGUUUGCAUUUGGGGAUCAGUUAUUUGCUAAAGAAAAGUAUAUUCAACGGAGAUCGAGUUCAAGAACAAACACCAGAGUCUGCCCUCCGGAUGGGACGCUUCCCAGUCCAGAUGGUCUUUCCCUGCGCCCGGCGCCCCCGACGCGGACACCGGCCGGCGGCCCUGCGGCACCUCGGGCAGCCUCGCCACAGGGCACUUCCUGGGGGUGUCCCACAGGCCACGUCUCCUCCCCCAGCACUUCCGGCCGUCGAGCAGGAAAUAGGGCCCGUUCUUCGGCCGCCAGAGCGCGGGAGGCCGAGGAGAGACUUGGCGGACCUUCCCCGGAGCUCAAGGCGGCGUUUCUGUCCUGUGGUUCGUGCCGGCGGUGUCCCUGUGACGGCGUAAUGGUUAGCCACCUUUCUUGAUUUUGAAUUUUGCUGUGUAAUCAAAACACUUGAAUACUGUGAGAAGAAGUGAGUUUUCAGUUGACGAAUCAGCAUCUUGUUCCCAUGGUGAUAACACUAAUUGAAUAUAUCUAUGAGGGCAUGUAUCAGUUAAUGGAAAAAAUACAACACUAACCAUACAUAGCUGCAACGUGUACAU